GCUUUAAACAGAUUGGGUUUAUAUCGGUGUGGACUUGUCACAUUCCCAGACUCGUGUCAGGAUUAAAGCCUGUGAGGAAUCAUUCCGUUAUCAUUAAAUCAUGGGUAAAAUCUGAGAUAAUAUUCGAGAUAAUAUUUGAGAUGAUGCUCAGUCUUUAACGUGUGAUUGGACCACAUGACCGCACCGCAGUGAAGGGGCAGGGCGAGAGGGAGAGAGAGACAGAGAGAGAGAGAGAGAGAGAGAGAGAGAGAGAGAGAGAUUGUGGAUAUGAUAAAGACAGUUCUGCUCGGUUAAAGCCGGUAAUUUCUUUAAUUCUUCAUGAUUUCUUAGUGUAAUUGACGCGUCGCUGCUUGUUUGCUGUGUGCGCACAGAGACGCGAUGCGCUGCGCCCCGGGAGCCGCCACCCUGCUGCAUCCUCUCUAGCGCUCCGACACCUCGCUUUGUCGGCGUCUGAUUUCACACGGGAGCUCGAGGGAGGAAAAAAUGUCUCUGAAAACCAAGCAGUGCGAGUCGGUGAAGGUGGUGGUGCGCUGUCGCCCGCUGAACCGCAAAGAAGAGGCGUCCGGUUAUGACAGCAUCGUGGAUAUGGACGUUAAAUUGGGCCAAGUGGCCCUGCGGAAUCCCCGAGCGGCUCCCGGAGAACCGGACAAGACGUUCACCUUCGACGCCGUGUACGACGCAGGAUCCAAGCAGAGCGACCUUUACGAUGAGAGCGUGCGGCCUCUCGUGGACUCGGUGCUGCGCGGCUUUAAUGUGACGGUGCUCGCGUACGGACAGACAGGUACAGGGAAGACGUACACAAUGCAGGGGGAGUGGACGGAGGCCGAGCGGCGAGGCAUCGUGCCCAGCUCCUUCGAGCAUAUCUUCACACACAUCUCACGUUCUCAGAACCAGCAGUACCUGGUGAGAGGGUCAUACCUUGAGAUCUACCAGGAAGAGAUCCGAGAUCUUCUGACCACUGAUCACAGCAAGCGCCUCGAGCUGAAGGAGAGCCCCGAGUCAGGCGUGUAUGUCCGAGACCUUUCGUCCUUUGUGGCUAAGAAUGUCAAGGAGAUGGAGCACGUGCUGAAUGCAGGUAACCGCACGCGAUCCGUAGGUGCAACGGACAUGAACGAGCAUAGCUCUCGGUCUCAUGCCAUCUUUAGUGUCACUGUAGAGUGCAGUCAGCCUGGUCCGGAUGGCCGUAACCACAUCCGGGUGGGCAAGCUGAACCUCGUGGACCUGGCAGGAAGCGAGCGCCAGAGCAAGACGGGAGCACGUGGUGAGCGGUUCAAGGAGGCGACUAAAAUCAACCUGUCACUCUCUGCACUGGGAAACGUCGUAUCGGCGCUGGCUGAUGGCCGCGGCGCUCAUGUGCCAUACCGAGACUCCAAGCUCACACGCCUGCUCCGGGAUUCGCUUGGUGGAAAUGCCAAAACCGUAAUGGUGGCCACGCUCGGCCCAGCAGCCUUCAAUUAUGAGGAGACACUGACCACGCUACGCUAUGCCAACCGUGCCAAGAACAUCAAGAACGUCCCACGCGUCAACGAGGAUCCCAAGGAUGCGCUGCUCCGUGAAUUCCAGCUGGAGAUCGCCCGGCUCAAGGCACAGCUCCAACGACGCGGCAUGCUGAGCUCCAGGAGGAAGAGGAGGCUCAAGAAAAGCAUAGACCAUGAGGUGAAUGAGGAUGAUGAUGAUCAAGAUGAGGAAGAGAUUGAAGAUGAAGAGGAAGGUGAGGAUGAUGACGAUGAGGAGAAGUUGCAGAAGGAGGUGCAGGAGUACAUAAAGGAACAGCAGGAGGUGUUGGAGCAAGAGAAAGAGGCCAUCAGGGACGACCGCUUAAUGGUGGCUGAGGAGAAACAGAAGCUCCUGGAAGAGAAGGAGAGGAUGAUGGGACAUCUGAAGAAGGAGCAGGAGGCUUCAGCACUCCUCACCGCUAAGUUCAAGGCAAUGGAGAGUAAGCUUCUGGUUGGAGGAAAAAACAUCAUCGAUCACACCAAUGAACAGCAAAAGAUGCUGGAAAUAAAACGACAAGAGAUUGCAGAACAGACACGUAAAGAGCGAGAAAUGCAGCAGCAGAUGUUAAUUCAGGACGAGGAGACAGUGGAGCUGAGAGAAACAUUCACAUCUCUGCAACAGGAAGUGGAAGCAAAGACCAAAAAACUCAAAAAGUACAAAAAGCUGUACGCUAAGCUGCAGUCUGUGAAAGCCGAGAUUCAGGAUGUGAACGAUGAGCACGUUAGAACCAGACAGGAACUUGAGCAGACGCAGAACGAACUCACAAGAGAACUCAAGUUCAAGUACCUCAUAAUCGAGAACUUCAUCCCUCCGGAGGAGAAGAACAAGAUCAUGAACCGACUGGUGUUUGAUGUCGAUGAAGACCAGUGGAAGUUCCAGCCUCUGGUUCCUGCAGAGGAUAAGUUUACUCAGAUGAAGAGGAGACCCGUAUCUGCCGUGGGCUACAAGCGGCCUAUCAGCCAAUAUGCCAGGGUUGCCAUAGCGAUGGGAGCCAAUUCCAGAUACAGAGCUGAAAACAUCAUGCUUCUGGAACUGGACAUGACUCCGCCCACUGUGUUUCAAAUAGACUUCCCCAAUCUGGGGUCCGAGACGGAGCCAAGCCGAGACGUGCAGCUGGACAACGCGUUGUUUAGAGAGAAAGUAGCGGCCAGUCGGGUCAGGAAGUCCCAGUCCUGGUGCCAGGCUGCACGACCCAUGCCUUCCUCGAGCUCUGUGCUCUCCCUGUCAUCCUCAGGGUCUAACGGCUUGGCACACCCUGUCAGCACCACCAUGGCAACCGUCCACCAAUAAGAUCCCAAGGAGCACAUCUUUAUCCUUUCUUUGAUCCACCAUUGAGGGAUGAGCCACUCGUUCCUCCUCUUUUUCGCAACAGUGAAACGAUGGCCUUGUCCAAGAUGCUUAGACGGAGCAAAACGUGCCGCAGAGAGGACGGAUUAUAGCACGAUGCUUACAAUCCUUCCUUUAUUUUCAUCUUUUCUUAAAAUACGCUCCGUCAGUUCGACCGGAUGAGAUUGGAUUAAGAUAGAUUAAGUUUUGCUUCCACAUCCAUUAAAUAGAAACCGUCUCCAAUAGGAAAUCUGUUAAUCUGUUAAAACAUCCAAUUUCUUUACCUUUUAAAGCCCGAACAAGUUUUAAUAUGUUUACUGCUGAAAAUAAAGUCCUAUAUGUUUGUCUUCAACCGGAAAAUACAGCUGGGAAAUAAUUCCGAAGCCGCCCCGGUCGUCUGCCGAAGAGGAAAUAAGAGAAACGACACUUCCUGCGGGAUCUACUGUAUAGAAAAUAGCCCGGAAAAGACAGACAGACGGAUGAAGACGAGUGCCAGACGUCUGUCUGUCCUUCCUCGAGCCCUGCUUGCAUGUUGUUUUGUGUGUAACUGUGUUUGUAGUUCUGAUCAGGGUUUACGAAACAGGGUCUGGAUUCCAUUGGCCGAGUCAAAACGGCUAACGAUGUGGGUGUGGCCUGUGUGUCAGAAUUAGAAAUGGUAGAAUCGACACUGUUGCGUGGUCGUUUUGGCUGGUACCAAAAACAAAACCGGUUUCUGCCGUGAUGUUAAACGAAUACAAUAUCAGUGACCGAGAGUUGGAAAGUCAUGUGUUCGGUUAUGUGGUGAUGUCACUUACGGUAAGGACAGAUUUUAUUUCUACAUCCCAGUUUACACACCCAUUUAAAUGAUUUUAGAUCUAACCGAUUUUGCAUGAGCUAAGUUUCCAUUAAAGUAAUGCAAGAGAUAAAAUUAUCCUAACGAUUUUAACUUAACCGUUAAAAAGGUUUCAUUAACGUUAGCGUAUAGUUGACGUAAAGUUUACACAAGGCUUACGUAAGGCUUGUAUGUUCUGUAAGAGUUACAUAACAUGACUUUACCUUAGUUUAUGUAAGGCUUAUGUAAAAAUUACAUAAGAUUUACCACAGGUUCAUGUUAAGGCUUAUCUAACGUUAAUGAAAAUGACUUAAGGUUUGCAUAAGUUUUACAUAAAGCUCAUGUAUGUUUUAUGUAUGGCUUUACGUAACGUCUAUGUCAGUUUUCCCUAAACUUUGCAUAAUGCUUGUGUAAGGUUUAUGUAAGUUUUAUGUAUGACUUUACGUAACGUCUAUGUCAGUUUUCCCUAAACUUUGCAUAAAGCUUGUGUAAGGUUUAUGAACAUGAUUUAAUAUUUACACAAUGUUUACAUCUAAUGUUUAUGUACGGUUUACACAAAGUAUACAAAGUAAGGUGAUUAUAAUCUUUGUGUAAUGGUUAUGGAUACCGCAUAAAGUCUGUGUAAGAUUUACACAAGGGUAUGUAACCUUUAUGCAAAGUUUAGGUAAGACUUUAUGUAGGCUUUACAUAAUGAUGUCAUUUCCUGCUGAAAAAUACUGUCACAUAAAUGAGGAAAAUUUGAGAUUUUAUAUAUUGUAUAAAUUGUGUCCAUCUUUGUUUUUUUUUGUCUAACUUAUUCGUUGUGUACGUUUGGAAAACCUUUAUGAAGAACCGCUGAGGAACCCAUAAACUCCUGAUGCUCGGGGUUCGAGAUGAGGCAGCAUGGUUUGGUUGAAGAGUCUGCAUGAUGGCAGUAAAACAUUUAGUGAUGGUUUAUUGGAAUUUUUUGGACUCAGAUUACAUGAAGGUUAAGGAGCUCUGAUGGGUUGAAGAUCCUGUGUGUACAAAAAUGUCUUUCCACUUCUAUGUCCAUUUCUAUGCUGGUUUGCUUAAACCUUUAAAUUACUGUUCAGUGAUGUAUGGAGAAGAGUGCAAGAGACUAAAGCCAAGUGUGUGUACACACACACACACACACACACACACACACACACACACACACACACACACACACACACACACACA